ACCUUUCUGAAUAUCAAACCAAUAUACAAACUGAAACCAAAUGUACUGUGGUGAUAAACCUUCAGUACUGUUCAAAUGGCUUUUGCAAUUAUUGGUUUAAGCAUUAGAUACUCCAGCUAUCCUAUAAGAUUCUAAUAAUUCAAAUGCAAUUAUAAAUGCAUUUAUAACGUUAACAAUACUUUAUACCAUGGCCAGUUUGCUGCAAUUCUUGUCAUGUGUUAUUCUGUUCUUCUUGACAACACAAGCGCAGUUGGUGAAUUUAUUAUGAGGAUUGAAGCGAAUGGAAACUCCCAAAACAGUCUGCGCAUGCCCCCACCAUUAGGGACUUUUAUUUAUUUUAGGUUUUGCUACCGCAGCCUAUAAAAAUUACCGACAACCGAUUGCAGCCCAUUUCUCAUUCUCAGUCGAAAUGAUACACACAAAGUUAUGCACUGUUGUAAUGUAGCCUAUAUCGUUCUGUCAAAUUAACAAUUAUGUUACUAUGUAACGAAAAACGCGAGAUUUUACCUGAAAGGAGCUUACAACUUCAGUUACACGCUCUUAGCAAAUCUAUGUCAUGCUGUGCGGUGGAAAGGCUGUGCGUGUACUUGUUGAGCUCCAGGACCAUCACCGAGUAUGAGAGCCAGGUGAUCUGGUCCCAGAGAACAGACAUGGAGAAGGCUGCCAAACUGCUCCAGGUGGUGCUGAAGAAGGGUCGCAACGCCUGUCUGCUCUUUUUCGACUCACUAGAAAAGUGUUGCCAGUGCCCACCACAGUUCGAAAGAGUCACCGACCUCCCAGCAACAGAGAGGAGGAGGACCAACACUGCCCCAACUUACGUCAUCAACAUCAGCCACUCCAAUUUGACUAACUGCAUCAUUGGAGAUGGCAACUUUCAAGGUGUGACAACUUGUGUACAACAACCUCAGAGCAUGGGUUCAGAGGAUGCAAGGCACGAGACAAUGGGAGGCAACGUCACCAGUGAUCACCAGAGAGCAGUACAGGCCUGUCCAGAUCCAGAGCUCCAGAGGAGUGUCCAGGUCUAUGGGUCCCAACUGCAGUACGUCAUCAUCGGGGACAACAACAACCUGCAGGCUGAAGACACACCGGAAGAGGAAGAAGGGGAAGAAGAAGAACUCAUUAAUAAAAGUAACUGAUUGGAUUUGUGUAGUGCUUUUCCAGAUGCUCAAUGUGGUUUACAUUGUAGUGGGGAAACUCCCCUCAUACACCACCAACUAGUUUCCAUUUAAGUCAUUUAGCAGACUCGUUUAUCCAGAGUGACUUACAGGAGCAAUUAGUGUUAGGUGCCUUUCAGUUACUGGCCCAAUGCUCUUAACUGCUAGGCUACCUGCCUCUGGAGCCAAAUGUUACAUGUUCAAAUCAGGUGAUAGAAAGUUGUUUUUGAGAUUUUUGUUUUAAGCCUAUCCCAAACCUUAACCCUUACCUUAACCAUUAAGAGUUAAUGCCUAACCUUAAGAUCUCGGAGUUAAAUCCUAAAUGAACUUUAACCUUAAAAAUGUGGAGUUAAUGUCUAAACUUUAAUGUCUAAACUAGUUGUUGUGUGGCACUGCAUCAGUAUCCUACAGAGCCAUACAUAUAUGGCUCUUCUAUCCUAGAUGCCAUCUCCUGCUGUUGUGCCCUUGAGCAAGCGACUGCACCACGGGCGACCAUGGCUCUCAAUCCCCAUAAGGUAUAUGGGGACAAAAUGUAUGGCCAUUGGUUAAAUUGUAAUGUUCCUUACUGUGUCAAUGAACUUGAUUUCUGGGGAAUGUAUAUGUAUUGUAAAUUGCUGUGUAUUGUUUGGAUAGUAUAACUUAACCCUACAUAAUCAAAGAAGGAACCAUAUUUUUGGUCCGUGGACUUAUGGAGUAAGUAUUGAAUCAUACAGUACAUACAUUACGUUCUGUGAACCCAAUGUAUAAUGUCCGCACUGACCACUGCUAUUGAUAAAGUGCAUUUUAUUUAUUUUAAGUAUUUAAUGCUGUAACAAAUAAAAAGGUGCUGUUUUACUUUGAA